UUGACAGCGUUUGCAUUCAUCUCUCUGACCGGCCGACCUUUCAACUCGUUUGUCGUCUCUGCUCGGUUCACCCCAACUCAAGCUCCAUCAUGGUGUCAAUGGGACGACAGAUGCUGGGCUUCGUCCUGGCCGUCAUCGGCUUCAUCGGGACCAUCGUCACCUGCGCCCUGCCCAUGUGGAAGGUCACGGCCUUCAUCGGCGCCAACAUCGUGACGGCGCAGAUCAUCUGGGAAGGCUUGUGGAUGAACUGUGUAAUGCAGAGCACGGGUCAGAUGCAGUGCAAGAUCUACGACUCGCUGCUGGCUCUGCCGCAGGACCUGCAGGCCGCCCGGGCGCUGGUGGUCGUCGCCAUCAUCGUCUCCGCCAUGGGAAUCAUCCUGGGCGUCGCCGGAGGGAAGUGCACCAACUUCGUUGAGGAGCCGCGCGCCAAAGUCAGGGUGGCCAUCGCGUCCGGGGUGGUCUUCAUCUGCGCCGGGGUUCUGGUGUUGGUCCCCGUGUGCUGGUCCGCCAACACCAUCAUCAUGGACUUCUACAACCCGUUGAUGACCAACGCUCAGCGUCACAGCCUUUUCUCGAUGGCCUCCAUGGGGUUGCAGAUGGCCGGUUGCGCCUUGGCGCUCUUCGGUUGGAUCGGGGUUCUCGUCGUCUGCGCCGCUCCCAUGUGGCGGGUCACGGCGUUCAUCGGCAACAACAUCGUGACCUCGCAGAUCAUGUGGGAGGGCAUCUGGAUGAGCUGCGUGGUGCAGAGCACCGGCCAGAUGCAGUGCAAGGUGUACGACUCCAUGCUGGCGUUGAGCAAUGACCUUCAGGGCGCCAGAGCUUUGGUGGUGGUUUCCAUCGUCGUUGGCGUUGUUGGGCUCCUGAUUGCUUUUGUCGGGGGGAAGUGCACAAACUUCAUUCCAGAGGAGAAGGCCAAGGCCAAGGCCUCGGUGGCUGCAGGAGCCGUCCUGAUCGUCAGCGGAGUCCUCUGCCUCGUUCCCGUCUCCUGGACGGCCAGCAUCAUCAUCCAGGACUUCUACAACCCUCUGCUGAUGGAUGCGCAGAAACGAGAGAUCGGGGCGUCUCUGUACAUCGGCUGGGGCGCCGCGGCGCUGCUGAUCCUGGGAGGGGGGCUUCUGUGCGCCAGCUGCCCCCCUAAAGAAGAAAACGUCCCCUCUGUGAAGUAUCUGCUGAACAAAUCGGGAGGAAACAGCAAAGGAGAGUCGUACCGAUCAUCCUCACCGACCAAGACGUAUAUUUGAGCCGAACUAGAAUUCGGACAGAAUCUCACCAAAUAUCACUGGUCUGGUUUCUACUGGAAAUAUCUCAGUACACUUGAAAUAGGACAAACUGACUAACA